GACCCUGGGGAUGUUCCUUUAGUUUGCCAUUUGAAACUGACACAAAUAAAAGACUGAAGGCCAACAGACCUCAUAAAUCAUAGCUUCAGUGUCAAUGCUAAUUAACAAAGGGACUAACAACACACAACUACUGCAAAAAAUAAAGACAGCCAGGAAAAGAUUUUAUUUUAAUAGCUGGUAUUCAGGAUGGCUUACCUGAAGCAGACUCUUUCAUCUCUUCCCCAUUGCUUUAGGGGUACACAGUCCCUAUUUUUCAGGCUGGUGAAAUGGGAAGGUUGCCUAGAUGUUGAAGAAGAAAAUGUGAAUUUUGCCAGAAGGGAUGAGCUUAACCGGACCCACAGCGAGGAAAAGGAGGAACAAGAUGCUACCAAGACCCUUGAGUUUAAUGUCUCCCACCAGGAUCCAGGAUAUCAAUCCAAGGCUCACAUGCAAGGUGCCCAGAUCAAACUGAUCACCACUUGGGAAGCUGGAUGGAAUGUUACCAACGCCAUACAGGGAAUUUUUGUUCUAGGAUUGCCAUAUGCUCUUCUCCACAGUGGAUACAGUGGGCUGUUUCUUAUUAUCCUGGCUGCAAUGUUCUGCUGCUAUACUGGCAAAAUUCUAAUCGCUUGCUUGUACGAAGAAGAUGAAGACGGGCAGCUCAUAAGAGUGAGAGACACAUACGAAGACAUUGCCAAUGCCUGCUGUAAAAAGCGAUUUCCCAAACUAGGUGGCAUAGUUGUCAAUGUGACCCAGGUGAUGGAACUGAUCAUGACGUGCAUUUUGUAUCUGGUUGUUAGUGGGAACUUGCUGUCACAUAGUUUUCCAUAUUUACCAGUGACUGAGAAAACUUGGUCUGUAAUUGUGUUUGUAACACUGCUGCCUUGUGUGUUUAUCAAAACUCUCAGCAUUGUUUCCAAACUCAGCCUGCUUUGCUCCUUAGUCCAUUUCAUUAUCAUCUUCAUAGUGAUGAGUUACUGUCUGACACAAAUACAUCAGUGGUCUUGGACAAGAUUUAGACUCCCCAUUGAGUUUGAGGAUUUCCUGGUCUCAGUGGGGGUGAUCAUUUUCAGCUACACUUCACAAAUAUUUCUUCCUACUCUUGAAGGGAACAUGAAAAACCCAAAGGAAUUUAGCUGUAUGUUGAACUGGACUCACUUUUUUGCUUGUCUCUUCAAGACAGCCUUUGCACUUACUGCAUUCCUGACUUGGGGCGAAGAGACAAAGGAAGUUAUUACUGACAACCUGCCAUCAUCCCUAAAAACCCUGGUGAAUUUGUGCUUCUUAGCCAAGGCUCUUCUGUCUUACCCAUUGCCCUUUUUUGCAGUCACAGAAAUAUUGCAUACUUGCAUAUCUAGCAGCAAGCGUUCUGAUUACAGAACCCCACUGUUUAUUGUAGUUUUAAGAGGCUUGGCCCUCUUGUUUACUCUGCUGAUGGCCAUGUUCAUACCACAUUUUGCUCUGCUGAUGGGUUUAACAGGCAGUGUAACAGGUGCUGCUAUGACUUUUCUUCUUCCUUCUAUUUUCCACUUAAAACUUAAAUGGGGAAAGUUAGUGUUCUUGGAGAAAUGUGCAGCCAUUUCUCUUUUUACUGUGGGUUUCCUUUGCAGCUUAUCAGGUAUAGUCUGCUCAAUAAAAGGGCUGAUUGAAGCAUUUGGACGAAGGUAGAAAGGCCAUCUUGAAAAUCUGAUGAUAUACUCUUGAGUAUUACCACUGUGAAUGCAAUUCCAAAAUUAAUAUAUGACACAGCACAAAUGUGCUUUAAUAUAAGAACUAUUACUUGUUUUUAAAAUGAGUAAAGAAAGAAAAACAAUUUUGUUUACAAUUAAAAUAUUUUGUCAUUGAAUUGAAAUGGAAGUUUCAUUUGCUCUCAUGUUCAACAUUAACAGUGCUAUACCAAGCAAAAUAGAAGCACUUUUAAUAGACCAUUCCCACUUUUAAUUCACAGUUAUUUGUGCGUAUAUAUGUUCUUAAAGGAACUGUAGCUAAUCAGUGCCGUUUUCCUGGAAGUCAGUUUCUAAGAUUCAUUCUCCUGCAAUGCAUUUAUCCUAUUGGUUUGAUUACAAGAUGUCUUACUAGUAGAAUGAAGAAGUUAAUAUGCUGUUCACUUUCUGUAUUAGGCAGAAAAUUUCUUUGAUCUUUUUAUUUUAUCUGACUAAAUUAAAAGCUGAAAUGAAGUAAAUCAAGUUCAAUAAACAAA